GAUUUCUCCUACCUUCGCCUUCUACGAAGACGACGCUGACGCCAUUUUGACGGAGGCCUGAAAGUGGGGCUCCUGGCCUCUGGCUGCGGCUGGCUACUGAGACAGGAAGAACUUGCCAUUUAGGACAGGGGGGAAAAAAGGAAAAGAUUAUUUUGUUAUUUUCUUCCCACCAGAAAUGGCCAAUGUGCUCUGUAGCAGGGCCAGGCUGGUUACCUACCUCCCAGGCUUUUACUCUUUAGUCAGGAGGGUUGUAAAUCCAAAAGCUUUUUCUACUGCUGGAUCUUCAGGUUCAGAUGAGUCUCAUGUAGCUACUACACCCCCAGACAUAUGUUCAAGGACUGUAUGGCCAGAUGAAACAAUGGGACCAUUUGGACCCCAGGAUCAAAGAUUUCAGCUCCCUGGGAACAUAGGUUUUGAUUGUCACCUCAAUGGGACAGCUUUGCAGAAGAAAAAUCCAGUUCAUAGAACUUUGCCUGAUGUCUUAGCAGAGCCUUUAUCAAGUGAAAGACAUGAAUUUGUGAUGGCACAAUAUGUAAAUGAAUUUGAGGGAAGUGAUGUACCUGUUGAACAACAGGAAAUUAACAAAGCAGAAACUUAUUUUGAAAAUGCCAAAGUAGAAUGUGUACUCCAGUCAUGUCCAGAACUACUUCGAAAAGAUUUUGAAUCAAUGUUUCCAGAAGUGAAUUCCGGAAAACUAAUGGUACUAACUGUAACACAGAAAACCAAAAAUGAUAUGACCACAUGGAGUGAAGAGGUUGAAAAUGAAAGAGAAGUGCUGUUAGAAAAGUUCAUAACUGGUGCUAAGGAAAUUUGCUAUGCUUUGCGUACUGAAGGCUAUUGGGCUGACUUUAUUGAUCCAUCAUCUGGAUUGGCAUUUUUUGGACCAUAUACAAGCAACACUCUUUUUGAAACAGAUGAGCGAUAUCGACAGUUAGGAUUCUCUGUUGAUGAUCUUGGCUGCUGCAAAGUGAUUCGCCAUAGUCUUUGGGGUACACAUGUGGUUGUUGGAAGUAUCUUCACUAAUGCCACACCUGACAGUAGAAUUAUGAAGAAAUUAAGUGGAAACUAGGUGGAAGCUGCAUCAUUUGUACUUGACAUUUUGUCUAUAAAUGCUGUCAAGAGUCUUCAUUUUUUUUAAAAUACUCAUUUCUAGGUAAAAGAUUAUUUAUUUCAGCAUCUAAAACUUGAGAAUUUAUGUGAUUUGUGAGAUUUUCAAAAAAUGGCAAAUGUCCACUCUUUGUAUUUUUGUUUAAUACAUGCUAACUCCAAAUUGUAUAAAAAAGCAGUAAUUAACAUAGAUCCAGGGCUUGAUCCUAUAUUAUUUGUUUAUGGAGAGAUAGUUUUGGCUGUUUCUCCUUUAUAUUUGAAAUUUUCAGUUUUAUUUACAUCCUUCCAAAAAUAAAUCACAGGUUAAGAAGAUGAAGAUAAUAUUUCUUUUCCAAUUGUGAUGCAUCAACUUCAAUUCUAAACAAUUUUUCAUUCAAAGCUAUGUAAAUCUUAUCAAGUUGCACAAUUUUUGUAAAUUAUAGUAGUUAUAUUUAGAUUCAGAUGAAGAGUCUUUUAGUUUAUUGGAAAGCAGUACUUUUUACCACAUUUUUAAGUUGGUCUUCCUCAAAUUUAAAAAUUUUAGGAUUUUGAUAUUUUCCUCAUUUUCACAUUCUGUAGAUAAUUGUGUCAAGGUGCCUACAUCAACACUAGUAUUUAACCUAAGAUGUUUUAGGCCUUGGGUUUAAAAAAAUAAGUGUCAGAAUGUAAACACAUUUAUUUAUUAUGAACAAAAUUUUAUUUCUUUCAUUUGCCAAAACUAUUUUUGUGAUCCAGUGAUAAAUUGAAACUGCUGCAAGUUACAAAAUACCUCAGGCAAUGACAGAAUUUAUAUUUUACAAUGUAAACUUGAAAAGACUAAAACUGUGUCACUACCCUUUUGCCAGUAAUUACCAUGAAAAUAAGUAACUUAUACCAGAAAGUAUUCUUUGCCCAAGACUUAUAUUUUGGAUUUCUCUUGUAGUUGUUAAAUGGGGUUAUUGAACAUCUAUUUAAGAAAUGACCCAUAGAAAUGGCAAAAUUUAGUGUUAUCUUCCUUGAUUAAGGUUUAGCUUGGUUACAGGCAAUACUUAUUCCUACAAAGAAAGUACUUAAGUUAUCACAGUAAAGAAAAGCAGUGAUUCCCUUUUUUUCUGUACUGAACUCUGUACAGUAUUUUUUAAAUGGGCUAUUAGAUGAGAGAUUGGAGAAGAUAAUCCCCAAGUUCCCUUCCAUCUCUAACAUUCUUUUACUCUAGAUAUAAACAAUUCAGGUACAGGAACCAUCCCUAAAAGGACUUCUGGUGGAUUCCUAAGGGUCCAUGCUGUGAAACUAUCUCAUUGUGUGUUUUUUUUUCUUCAGUAAAUAGUGCUCUAAAUUCCAUGUGUUUUUAAGUAGUUCCUGCUCCUUCAUAGUUUGCUACUUUGAUUUGCCUAUUCAUCAGCUCGAGCAGCUGAUUUAUCAUUUUAGCUGUCCUCUUGUCUGCUGUCAGCACUUCUUACCAAAAAGGAAGAGCCACAUUCUAGGAAAAUAGAUUUACUACUCUGUAUGUAUUAGAUAAAACAAAGCAUUGAAAAAUGUUUGUUUUUGAUACAAUUACCAGCAAUAUGGUAAAAAGCAAGGACUGCCUAUACAGAGUUGUGUGCUAUAGGGAAUAAUAUUUUGACCCCAAGUUGUGAUGUUUGGAUAGUUUGCAUGGAGACCAACUCAUCUCCGGCGAGUUCUGUUAAAACUUACCCUUCCUUGAGGAAAUAGGUGACAGUUACUGUGCUGAUAAAUACCUGUAAACAACUCAAUUCAUGUUUCAUCUAAUUCCCUUGACCAUGACCCUAUCAAUAAGCCUAAAGAAUGUAGUUGGAAAAUUAGCAAAUGCCCAAACAAACGACUGUUUUAAAAAUAGGGCUUCUCAGUUUAAAUUAGGAUUGCUUCAAUGAUAUUGACAAGUUCAACUUCAGUUUUAUUAAAUACUUUUAUGUCCUUUUUUGGCAUAAAAAAUUUUUUUUUUCUAUUUGUAGCAACUUUGGUAGCUUAAGUGGUACAGUCACCACUUUAAUACUUUCCACAAGCUGUUUAUUUGGCUUGUAAGUUUUCUGUAUCAAACCAAUAAUAUAAAUAUAACUUGCCAUGUCAAAUCCAGAAGGUCCAAAUUCAGAUCUUAAAUAUUUCAUUUUUGCUUCUGUUAUCACAUAAUAUACAGUGCCUUGACUACUACUUGGAAAUUUUAAUCAUUUGGGAGGCUUGUAGAUAGAAAUAAAGAUCUUCUUAUUUCGAUA